CUCACUCACCAUACAAGAAAAGGAAAGAAGAAGAAAAAAAAAAUAAAAGAAAAGAAAAGAAAGAACCCAAUUUCUUCAAUUCAAAAAGCUGUAUAUUCAUUGUACUUGAAGAGAAAGAAAGCAAAGAGGGAGUUGGUUCAAGAGGACGUAACAAAGAAGGAACGAGUUAGGAAGCUACCUAAUAUUUUUCUAGUACAAUUUUGAAUCGCCUUUGUUACUUUCCGCAAAGCGAAACAAAGGACAGUAGCAUUUUAGCAGCUUUUGGGAGUCUUUUUCUCUUUUGCUCUUUUUGAUAAAAGAAUCUUUAUCAUUGAUGAAUAUUGCAUUACCCAAAAUGUUACACAGUAUCACCGGCAAUGGAGGAAAUGGAAGCUCAGAAAUGACCGUGCUAGAACGACAACGAGCGAGAAUGAAAUGGCAACAAGAACAGAUCCAGCAACAAGAGAUGAGUUAUUUUAAUGAACAAAAUAAUCAACUGAUGAAUUCUUUUCAUCACACGUCUGAAGCUCAACAAUUUCAUGGUCUGAUCAAUGUAAACGAUCAGAGUCUUAAUGAGCUUGUGACUCGGGCAAUUAAGUCAGACCCCAGUUUAGAGAACAAUUGGGGUGAUUUUGGGAACAUUGGUACUGAAGGUUUUGGUUACGUUUCAGUUGGGGUUGGACAUGGAGGAAUGUCACACCCAAGUGAAAUGAAUUAUGCGAUUUCAAGAACUACAAGCUGCCCACCUACCAUGGCGGAAAAUGCCGUUUCUGCUGUUAAAGCCAAAGAGACUAUCCUGAGUUCUAAUAGAGGCAGAGAGAGCUUCAAGAAGAGAAAAGCAGAUAAGAAUCAACAUCUCAAGGAGGUUGCAGAAGAGGAAACCAAAGACAAGAAAUUGAAAGUAUACGUAGAGGAGGGAGAUUCCCAGGUAACAACAGAGAAAUACAGCAACAAAAGGAGCGCCAGUAACAGUAACAACAGUAAGGAAACCUCUGAUACUUCAAAGGAGAAGUCCAAAAUUUCUGAAGAUAAAAAGCCUGACUAUAUUCAUGUCAGAGCACGUCGGGGUCAAGCCACUGAUAGCCACAGUUUAGCUGAAAGAGUAAGAAGGGAAAAGAUCAGUGAAAGAAUGAGAUUUCUACAAGAUUUAGUACCAGGAUGUAACAAGAUCACAGGGAAAGCAGGAAUGCUAGAUGAAAUAAUUAACUAUGUCCAGUCUCUCCAAAGACAAGUAGAGUUCCUAUCCAUGAAACUGGCUGCUGUUAAUCCAAGGCUUGAUAUCGACGUAGACAAUAUCUUCAACAAAGAUAUAUUUGCAACUAGCACGUCCAGUUUUCCCACAGUGGGAGCUGGAACACCAUUCGAAAUGCUUAGUAUGGCCCCACGCCAGUUCAAUUCAUUGCAGCAAAUAGUGUCAAGUUCUGGAUUGGAAAUGGGUAUUCUAAAUCUUAGCGAAAUGGCGCUACGUAGAACCACUAGCGCUCCCGUACCAAACCCUGAACUAUUUCUUGAUUCAUCCGGUAUCAGUCAAGUUCAGAGCUUUCCAACUUGGAACACUGACUUAGAUAACAUGUAUGCAAUGGAGCUUCAACAAGGAAGAUCAGCACAGUUUCUUCCCCAUCCAUGUACAGGUUUUGUUGAAGCUGGAAAUGACCUGAAGAUGGAAAUGUGACCUUGCAUUUCUAAAUAUUCAAGAUCCUUGAAUGACUUCACCUCAAGAUGUCAUGGAUCCUGAUUCUUUUUUUUCCAAGUACAUAACAUAGUAUAUUAUGUAUGUAAAUGUUGCAGUUCAAGAAUAUCAAAGCAAUACUAUGACAGUGUUCAUUGGAAA